CGCCCGCGGCUCCAGAAAAGAUCCCCUCCGCCUCCGACCCUAGGCAACAAGGCAGCUCACAUUUCGCUGCUCACCGAGCCCUCGAGGCGCGCUAUCCAUGGCCACCUACUACCCGUCCGGCGCUUCCGCGCUCCUGCUCCCCGUCCCGCGAACCCGCGCCGCCUUUCCGCAGGGGUUUCCCGGCCCGGCUUCCGGGAGGAGCUCUCCCUGUGCGGUUGUUCGGCGGCAGCGGAGGGGAAGGGGAGCGGUGGUGGGUGUCGUGCGAGCAUGCUUCAAUCCUUUCGGGGACGAACGCAUCCUCCGGGAGGCCCUGAAGGAGCCAGUUGCAUUCAUGGGUGGUGUGUUUGCUGGUCUCUUAAGGCUUGACCUGAAUGAGGAUCCUCUCAAGGAGUGGGUAACUCGAACGGUAGAGGCUUCUGGAAUAGCUGAGGAGAACAGUGCCGAGGAAUCAAAUGAGGGAGCUCAAAAUGAUGGACCCCAGCAAAUUGAGAUUGAGUGAGCUGUGCAGGGCCUAGCAGGUUGUUGGGCGGCGCUUUCCAACUAAUCGAAUGGUGGACAAGGAUGUAGCUGCACUGGCCUGAAGGGCAUCCUUCGCCUGUAAGUUUCCGGCUGCAACCUGCUUGCGAGCCGUGUUAUUAUGGUGGUGUGGAAUGGUCGGCAUUCCAGUGCCAGUAGCUGUUUUGACCAAUGACGUGAACACAAGUGAUGAAUCAUUGCAACUGCUAUCUGCCUGACGGUGACUUCAUUUCCUCCCUAGUCUGUUAUGCUUCUUGUUGAGAAAAGGAUCGCCUUUGAAACGCUGUGAAUUCACUUCCAGAAAAUUUCCUCGAAAUAGAUACAUGAAUUUCAACUUCAGUUUGUAGUAGAGUAGUAAUCAGUUAGGAGAAUCAUAUUCAUAUAGACUGAAGUGUUGCAAACAUGAGUAUUAUGCCGUA